AUGACGUUCAAAGCGUUGAUAAAUAAAUUUCACGACGCAUCAGCGAUGCAACCGGUUGAACGUUACCAUCCUGGACAUUAUGAGUCAUCGCAUGGGUGGAAAGGCAAAGGUGGAGGUGGUGGAAAUAGUGGCGCGGCUCUUAGUGCAUUAACCUUAUUGGCUUUUCUAUUUCUCGUUAAUGUCAUGCAGCAAUCGUUGAUGGAGAACAAUAUCAAUGAAACAACGACGCAGACUACAAUUUUUCUGCGCGAUGAAGUUGAGCCGAUAUCUUUGACAUCUCGACAAGAUGAAGAACACAGUGUGGAAGUUGGAGACACAGAUUUUACCGAAGAAUCGGUAACAACUGAACAAGAACAAAUCCAUGCUCGGAUGAAAAUUACUUCGAACUAA